GAAUUUCAUUCAUUCAGUCUUACCGCGAAUGUCGCUUUGUAAACAUCAAUAUUUUCGUCGCUGGCACAGUCGUUACAUUAUUUGAAUAUCGAAUACAAGUGUGGAAGUUAAAAUUUAUUUUUAGCCACGAAAGAGCAUCUAGAAUAUUGUCUUCAGUUAUUUUUUUCGUUGGUUAAUUUUACUCGGCUGAAUAAGUAAUUAGUAAAAUUACAUAGUCGAAAAAGUGUGUGAUUGAUUAAAGGAAAUUGUGUUGUUUAUUGUUGGGGUGCAUCGUUUUCCGAAUUAGAUGCAAGGUGUGAAGUGAUUUUUCUUUUGGUGAAAAGGAAUCAAUCAAACUGAACGGAAAACAAAGGAUAAUUUAAUUAAGGAUAACGGUUUGGUGAUUUUGAGAGCGGUUUUUUUUUUGUUGGAGGUCUUCGAUUAGUUUUAAUUAAUUAAAACCUUUUCAAUCAAGCAACAAAAAUGUGUUCCAUGAAGACUAUUUUACUGGGAUUUUUGGUUUUAGCCGUAUGUCAGACAGUUCUUUCAAAGCCUUCCACACCUUCGGCGGACGAAGCAAAGGAAGAGGCUGAUGACUAUGUUGGAGACGAUGAUUACCAAUAUAACGACGACAACGAUGACGAAAACAAAUCUGGCCAAACGAAUAAAGACGACAACAGUGUGCAUGCUCCGCCGUACUUCGAGUCCAGCCAAAUAAAGAAAUCGGCAAAGGUUGGCGACAAUAUUGUUAUCGAGUGCGGUGCUAAGAAUUUAGCUGCUGCCAACGUCGUUAUGUGGUACAACCAAACCACCCUAAUCACUCAAAGUAAAUUCAAAAUAUCCGACGAUUCACGUCUCUCCGUGGACGAUAACUACUCGCUGAGAAUAAAUGGUGUCCGUGCCACUGAUGCUAGUCAGUAUUACUGUAAAGUUCUUCCCAACGAUAUCUCCAUGCAGGUGAAUCUCGAUGUCGAGAGCAAACCGACCGCCGUCAUUCUAGAUAAGGAAGGUCGUAACAUAUCCGGUCGCCAAAUGACUUACCAUCAAGGUGAUCGCAUCGAAAUCGAAUGCAGGGGCAUGGGCAAUCCGGUACCGCAGAUCAAAUGGUUUUCGAAGGGUGAACGCGUUGCAAGUGGAAAUAAUGUGCAGGUCAACAAUGGAUUUUUGAUCAUUGAACAUGCCGAUCACGACCAUGUCAAAUUGUACCAAUGCCUGGCUGAUAACGGAAAAGAUGAUGUUGGUCAUGCCACAUUUUCGAUCAACGUUCAAUAUUCACCCAAAGUCAACGCCCACCGUCACAUUGUCAACACCAAAGAGGGAGAUGACGCCGAAUUGCAUUGCAAUUACAAAUCAACAACCAUGUCGAGAGUUACAUGGCACAAGAAUAAGGAAUCGCUUCGUCUAAAUAAUUUGGAUAAAUACAGCACAUCCAACGAGACCAAAGACGAACAUCACGAGAGCAACAUCCUUGUGAUCAAAAACGUUGAACGAAGCGAUCUUGGCGAAUACGAAUGUGAGGUGCAAAAUUCAAUUGGCAAGGGCCACGUAAGAAUUCAUUUGGGAUACGAACCCGAGCCACCGAAGUUCGAACGAUUCGACAUCGACGGAGACACAAUUAUCACCCACUGGAAGAUCCGCAGUUUGCAGCCGUUGAAUGAAGUGAUGCUAAAUUAUCAGAAGAAUGGCGAUAGGAAUUGGCUCAGCGAGAAACCGGUUCACAGCGAAAAGAGCAAAGAACAUUCGGGCAUUUGGAGAAUUCAACACAAAUUGUCGCUUGAUUCCGGAACAUGGAACGCAAGAGUUAAAGCAAAGAAUGCUGAUGGCUGGUCAUUGUAUUCCGAUCAGGAAACAAUCGUUGUGCCCACAAGUUACGAUGAAGAGUUUGAAGGAGAUAUACCAGAAGAACCUGUUAUCCAAAAAGCUGGCAUUGGUGCAUCAUCAGCCGUUUCAAUUUAUCAACUAUCCAGUGCUGUAUGCUUAGUAUCGCUACUGCUGGCAACAUUACGGAUAUAAGGAAAUCGAAAACAUUUUUUUUUUAUUUUAGGAACCGAUUGUUUGUCAUUGUAGAAAAUUAAUUUUUCAAAUUGAAUCAAUAUGUUAUGUGUAAAGCCCUCUGCGUUAAUUUCUUUUUUGUCGGUCGGAUUGUUCGAGAUAAAAAAAAAUAUUUUCUUGUUGAUUAAAUCGGACAAAUCGAUUCGAUAACAAAAGAAUUUCCGAUAACAACAGAAAAAUGGUAAGACAUUCGAUUUGAUUAAUUAAUCAAAAAACGGAAACAAAAGAAGAAAAAAAAAAUUAUGAAAUUUACGAGGGGAGUCGAUGCAGUCGAUGUUAUAGAAAGAACAUUUGUACAAAAACAGAAGCGAAGAGUGUCAUCAAAAAAUUCUUUAGUGUUUAAAGAAGUUUUUAGCUGUCUCCAACAUAAUCUUAGUUAAUUUAAUUAAUUUUACCGUUGUGAAUAGACUGGGUCAUCUCAUACAGUGUGAAUAAGACAAAAUGAAUGG